AUGGACAACUACGGCGAUGAUUUGUACCCAUUGGCGUUAUUAAUGGACGAACUCAAGCACGACGACGUGCUGAACCGUGUGGAAGCCAUGCAGAAGGUGGACACAAUUGCCAUUGCCCUUGGGCCCGAACGCACCGUCAAGGAGUUGUUACCGUUUUUGAACGAAGUCGCCCAAGACGACGAGGAAGAGGUUUUUGCCGUGUUGGCGGAGAAGCUCGGGGAUAUGGUCCCCUACAUCGGCGGCACGGAAAACUGUAAGCCCCUCAUUCUGAUCCUCACCAUCUUGGCGCUGAUGGAGGAGCCUAUCGUCCGCGAUAAGGCGAUCGACGCCCUCAACAAGAUCAGCACCCAGCUUCCCAACGAAGACCUCCAAAAGAUAUUUUUGCCCUUGAUUACCCAAUUGAGUCAAGGUAACUGGUUCUCCAAAAAAGUGGCGCUGUGUGGUCUUUACAAACUGGUGAUCGACAAGAUUGCCCCCGCUCAACGCAUCGAAUUCCUCAACCUAUACCUCAAGCUCGUGGGUGACGAGUACCCUAUGGUUCGUCGGCUGGCAGCGCUGCACUUGCCGGAGUUAAUCAACUUGCUCUCGAAGGCUGACAGCGCCGUUGAGUCAGACUCGUGGGAAGCGAUCUCGAAAAUGUUCCAACACAUUAUCCACGAUGACCAGGACUCGGUUAAGUUCCUUGGUGUCGAUGUGCUUAUCGCCAUCCUCGAAUUCUUCCGUCACAUCGGUGACUUCACCUACAAUGGCGAGUUCCUUCAACUGGCACUCAAAUUGUGCAAGGACGAAUCGUGGCGGGUAAGAUACACUGCUGCCGACCGUUUCUCGAAGAUUGCGGAAAACUUUACUCACUCGGAACCUGAGUUGACUCAGUUGAUCGAGCCGUUUAUUGACCUCAUGGAUGACCACGAAGGUGAGGUCCGUAAAGCUAUUGCCAAGCAGUUGCCGGAUUUCUGUCAGCUCUUGACCACUUUCCCUGCCACCAAAGCUACCAUUCUUUCAAAAAUCAUCCCUGUGGUCACUGAGCUUUCUCAAGACCCUCAAGAAAACGUCAGAGCUCUGCUUGCUCUGACCAUCACUGGGCUCUCACCAAUUUUGGAGAAACAACUGACAAUCGAUCGGUUAUUGCCUCUUUUCUUGACGAUGUUGCGCGAUGACUUCCCCGAUGUGCGUCUUAACAUCAUUCUGAACUUGCUGGUGGUUAACGACACCAUCGGCAUCAACUUGUUGCUGACAAACUUGUUACCGGCAAUUACUGAGCUUGCCCAGGAUCACAAGUGGCGGGUGCGUCUUGCUAUCAUCGAAUACAUCCCCAAGUUGGCCCACCAAUUGGGGGAACUGUUCUUCAAUGAUGAGUUGUUGGCAUUGUGCAUGCUGUGGUUGUGGGACCCGGUGUUUGCGAUCAGAGACGCCGCUGUCAACAACUUGAAGGAGCUCACUGCCAUUUUUGGUUCGGAAUGGGCCACCUCGCAUAUCAUUCUGCGAAUUACCAAUCCCGACGGGCAAUCGACCUCGGGUGAAGACGUCGAAGAAGGCGGCAUCGAUUACUCCAAAUUCAUUAUCCGUAUUACCUGUCUUUUUGCCAUCACUGCGUUAGUUCAAGUCGUCAAUCAAGACGUGAUCGUGCAGCAGUGCUUGCCAUUCAUAAAUAACCUUUACGACGACGUUGUUGCCAACAUCCGCUUCAAUGUUGCUAAGCUGUACAAGGUGGUGGUGGAGCUGUUAGCAGCUAAUCCUGCCAACCGCGAGGAAGUCACGCGUUUGAUCAGCACUGAUAUUGCUCCCAAGUUGGAGAAGUUGCUGAAGGACAAAGACUUUGACGUGCGGUACUUUGCUGAGCAAACCAUUGAUGCAAUUAAAGCGUUGUAA